AUGGAUCCCGAGGAAAAAGCGACACAUGCGUUCCUUGGAAACUUUUUAAAUACUGGAGUAAAUUUGCUUCAUUUUUCAUUUCUAGAUGCAGAUGCUCUUCUGGUGUUAAAUAGCAAAGGUUUUACAUAUAAAGAAAUAUCAAAAUUGUUUCAGAAAUUUAAAAACAAAGACAUAAGCGUCAAUGCAACAGGCAAGCGACUGAAAAGAUUAGGUGUGCCUUCUCGUCGGAACACAUCAAGUGUGCCGCAUAAUGUCACCAAACAAGUUAUAGAGAAUCUAUUACCUGAUCUUCCCGAGACUGUUGGGUACAGAUCUUUAACAUCCAUUCUUCGAAGAAAAGUUUACGCCGUCCAAAGGGAUGUUGUCAUGAAAUUACUAAGGAAAUUGGACCCCGAAGGCACUAAAAUCAGAAGGAGGAGGUGAAUCCUGAGA